AUGCCACCGGCGGACCCGCACCCACCGACGACGGAGUGGACGGGUAUGCCGAGCCGCGUGGAAUACGUGGACCGCCUGCCGACGCCACCACCUGCACCUCCAUCCGACAAGCCAGGACCACUGGAGCCCUGGCCAAAGCCCGCGAAGCCAGCCACACCGGCAACAUCCAAGCGGUCGGCAGAACGGGCCAAGGAGCGGAGGAGAGAACACCAGCGGCAGAGGAGACUGCGGGCAAAAGCCGAGAGGGAAGGCCCGAGUCAGCAGUACCGGCUGACGAAGGCGACUCCCCCGGCAGGGCCGGCCACCGAUCCGAAAGGUCGGGAGACGGUGCAGGUGUCAACACAGGUACCAGGUAGUUCCGCCCAGGAACACCGACCGGAGCAAGACACCAACUCGGGGGAGGCGAUGGAGGUCGAUGACCGAAUCCUCGACAAACCCGGGUCACCACUCCCAACAUUCCCGGACAUUGAGGAAGGCCCGCCCGUGUUCUCCACACCACUCACGUCCCCCAGGGCGGAUUAG